CGGCGGCGGCGAUGGCGGCGGUGGCGCGGCGCGGGUCCCUCUCGGACCUCGGGUCGGACUCCGAGGACUCCUCGCUCUCGGACUCGGAGCUCCAGGAGGCCUUCGCGAGGGGGGAGCUGAAGCCGGGGCUCAACGUGGUGCUGGAGGAGCGGCCGAAGCGGCGCAACGACGCGGACGGCCUGAAGCAGUGCCUGGCCGAAUUCGGGAAGCAGCUCGCGUGGGUGGAAAGGCUGGACGUGACUCUGGGCCCCGUCGUGGACCCCGUCGCCCAGAGCGCUUCCAGCACAGAUGCUGUUGACCCUGAGAAUGAUUUCCAGAGAGAGAUGAGCUUCUACCGGCAGGCUCAGGCAGCCGUCCUGGAAGCCCUUCCUAGGCUGCGGAAGCUCCAGGUUCCGACCAGGAGACCGGAUGAUUACUUUGCAGAGAUGGCCAAAUCAGACCAACAGAUGCAGAAGAUUCGACAGAAGCUUAAGAGUAAACAGGAAGCAAUGGAGAGGUCUGAGAAAGCAAAACAGCUCCGUGCAAUGAGAAAAUACGGCAAGAAGGUGCAAACCGAGAUUCUGCAGAGGAGACAGAAGGAGAAAAAAAAUAUGUUGAAUGCAGUCAAGAAAUACCAGAAAGGGCUGUCUGACAAGCUGGACUUUCUAGAUGACGAGCAGACGUCGUCUCAGGGGAAUAAAAAAGGCAGUGCAAGUCAACGGACAAAGAAGGGACCAAAUGCCAAAAGACGAUACAAAAAUCAGAAGUUUGGUUUUGGUGGGAAGAAGAAAGGCUCAAAGUGGAACACAAAGGAAAGUUUUAAUGAUGUAUCCAGCUUCCAGUCAAAAGUGGCUCACAACAAAGGCCCAGGAAAAGCAAGAAAAGGAGGGAAAAAAGCCCUCAAUAAGAGACCUGGAAAGAGAGCAAGGCAGAAAAUGAAGAACCGAGCGCGCUAAGAGGACUGUGCUUCCCACUGGGGUUCUUGUGUGUCUGUGUGUUGCAAGAUGUGCUUCUGCUGGCAUCAAGCAGCUAACCAUGGAGCAAGCUGGAUGCUUCCAAGUGGCAUGGAAAAGAGUCAGUGGAAACCAGUGCCUUAUCACUAAUUUCUUCGUCCUGUUUUGUUGAAGGAUUGUUUUCUACGUAAACCUUUGGUGUGUGAAUGCAUUAAAUGGUUUGCACAGAACUAUGUGUAACUCAUGUUUAGCUGUUUUAUGAAUGGCAGCUGGAGCCUGCCCUUUGUCCCCUUCAUUCUGACAGCCUUUUUCACCACUACUGCUGAUGUGAGGUUGGAGACCUCGAGGUCUGAGUCAUGUUGCUGAUGUCAAAAUAAGAAGUCUGAAGCCUGUCAAAAUGUUAGAGUGGUUUUUUAGACUAUUCAUAUAGAUGGGUUUAGAAACAGCAAUGAGAUGAAUACAGCAGUCUUAUAAGUUUAUUUCUGUCAGUGUUGUCAGGCUGCAAAUCUGGACAGACUGAGGUUCUCCCUUCCCUUUUCUAUUGUCU